GAUAAAAAUAUUAUUUUUAUUUAUAAACUAUCAACUAAAUGAAGUGUUGAAAGUAUAAGUAAUUUUCGUAAAGACAAAUCUAUGUUCUGAAAUCGCAUAAAAUGCAAUGUAUACAAAGUAGUUAAUUCAAAACUACACGUAAAAGAUGUAUUUGUUCACAGCAAAGGCGUGAAUAUUGUACAAAGUUUGCGGUAAUGGUGUAUAAAAAGUAAUUGCUUCCGCAUCAAAUAAAAAUGUUUGUGAGAGGAAUUUUUAUUUGGGUUAUAUUAUGGCCAAUGCAAAAUUUCUUGGCAAACAUAGCUUCUACUUGCCCCGAAAUAUGUCAGUGCAAAACUGCCACGGAGAAUAGUUCAAACAUUCGUGUUAAAUGUGGUGGUAUUAAAGAAGUGCCUACUUCGAAUUGGAAAGAAAUACAGUUUGGUGAGAUUGCAACAAGCAUUGUAUCACUUGAUUUAAGCAACAAUGCUUUUAUAAGCAUUCAGAGUGAAGACUUUCAUAACUUAACUCAGCUGAAGCGGUUAGAUUUUUCGUCCAAUUUGUUGCGAAAAAUUGAUAAGGAUACAUUCGCAGGUGCAUUGCCCAAUAUCGAGCGUUUGAAAUUGAGCAACAAUGCUAUUCGGCAUAUAUAUUCCGGUUCUUUUGAAUUUAUGCAAAAUUUGAAGCAUCUGGACAUUUCCAAUAAUCCCCUGGUGUGCAAUUGCGAUUUAGUUUGGCUAUUAGCAUGGGCUAAUGAUCAUCUAAUUAAGUUACAGCCAUCGCCAAAGUGCGAGUCACCAGUUUAUUUCAAAGGUACAUUCUUGAAAAAACUUAAAGUUGGCGUGGAUUUACACUGCGAAUCUCCUUUGCAAACACUUUUGGAGCUGGUCCCUUUUAAAAAUCAGAUCAUUUUUGAAGGAGACGAACUUGUAUUGAAAUGCCGUGCUCCUCGUGUUGCUAUUGGAGUACCCCGAGAAUCGGAAGAUAUACCAUCAACGCGGGCCCAUAUUUUUUGGGGUUGGUCUGAAAAAAUUCGCCGUUCCAAUUCUACUGAAGAUAUAAUUUUCAAUGAUCCGGAGAAAGUAUUUUCUGACAUCGAUGUCUCAACAAGGCAUCUAUCCGAUUCAGGAAUACUUAAUUCUAUUCUUAAAAUUGGAAAAAUAACUAAAAACCAUUCUGGAAUGUGGGACUGUACCCUGAAUUCACAGCAGGCGAACUUAUCUAAAGCAAUUGCUGUGGUGGUAAUAGCAAAAGACACUCAAUACUGCCAAGCGACUGCAAUUCACACAAAUAAAGGGACUUAUUAUUGGCCACAAGCGAUACGGGGUGAAAAAGUGAGUUUAGUCUGUGCUGAUAAUGAAGAUGAGAAACUUUUAGCAACAUAUUAUUGCAAUCAAAACGGAGAAUGGGAUAACUUAGAAACGAGCUCUUGUCCGUUUGUUAGUGAAACUACCAGAAUUCUUGAACAGUUUUCCAAAAUGAAUUUCACUUUAACAAAAAGUAAUGCUUUUGAAAUCGCUGAACGGCUUCACAAUUUCACACGGACUCAAAUAUAUCUGAAUAAUAUUAGGGAUCCGAUAGAUUUGGAGUUUAUUGCUCGUACCUUAAGGAAAUAUGAUGAAUACAUAACAACCCAACAGGAUAUUUCAUACCUAUUACUGAGUAUAGUAUCACAACUUUUAUUGCUACCUAAAAGCUUGUUUGAGGCUGCACAAGCUCAUUUUGAAACUUGCCUAAAUAUGCUGAAUAUAAUUGAAACAGCUUCGUCUCAAAUUCAAUCACUACCACCCCCUUCUCAAGAAAUCGCCAUAGAGCCGUGGUCGAUUCCCAGGAAUAUAUUCGUUGAUUUUUUCAAUAUUCACGUGGACUCAUUUACCGGUAUAUCAUGUAUCUGGUUAAACAGUGUUAAUAACAUGGGACGGCGUAAUUUCGAAUGCAGUACUUCGAACGAUACAUUUCCAAUGUUUGAAAGAUAUAUAGAUGCUGCCAUACAAGUUCCCGUUAACUCUUUGUUUGAUAAAUCUGAAAAAUCAAUUAGGUUAAUGGUAGCCGUCUUUCGAAACGGAAAUCUCUUCAGUCACCAUGGUAAAAAUAAUAGUUUGCCUGAAGUAAAAAAUCUUAUUCAGACUUCUGUCGUAAUAGGUGCCAAAAUAGCAAAAGAAUCGGUUGAACCACAUCCGUUAGUAGACAUAAGUGAUAAAAUUUUUAUAAUGCUAAGAGUUCACCCUUAUCAUAAUGAAAUAAGUUCACCAAUACCUGCAUGGUGGGAUAGUGAGGAAAAUGAAUGGAACACUCGGGAAUGUCGGAAAUUGUAUUUGCACCGUGGCCUGUUGUUGUUUACAUGCAGUCGAUUGGGUUACUAUGGUCUUCUACAACGGAGGGAAUACCUUAACGACUAUACAAUUGAAGGUUCAGGAGCAACAUUUAAAUUUGCUCCUGUAAGUAUUUACGUUGGGAGUAUUGUAGUAUUCUUCUGUUCGUGGAUUAACAUUGCCACGUUCAUAAUAUUUCGUAAAGCAAUACGGAUGAAUCGUCAACAAAGGCAUUCACUUGUGAAUAUAUGGCUCUCCGUUUCGUCAUUGUCGGCAGUGUUUGUUGUUGGUAUUUAUCAAACUGAAUAUCCUCAUAUUUGCAGAAUAGUUGGAAUUCUAUUGCAUUACUUUUCCUUAUCUGUAUUGUUAUGGUUGUGUGUAUGUCUAAGUAAUUUGUACAAAGGUUUGUCCAAAAAUUAUAGAGUAACCGCUGAGUCUGACGUAUCCAAAGAGAAGAAAUUAAGAAAACCAAUACUUAGCAUAUAUUUAGUUGGCUGGGGUAUUGGAAUGAUAAUUUGCGGUAUAUCGAGUGCGGUGAACAUCCAUGAAUAUGCCACAUAUUCAUUUUGUUUUCUACACAAUUCAUCGUCAUUUAACGCAUUAUUGGUGCCAGCAAUAAUACUUCUUAUUUUUCUCGGAAUACUUAUGCUGUGUGUCUAUUGUCACAUGAACCAGAGGGCAAUAAAUGUGUUGGCCAAUAAACAGUUUGCAGAUAAUACAAUGACUACUGAAAAUAUUGAUUUAGAUUGGCUCGAAUUGAAGCAGACCACAGGGCAACGAGUCAAUCAUAAUUCCACUGGUAUCGAACAAUAUAGAAGUCUCACACUUAGCAAUCCGGUCAGCAGUAUAGUGGAUGACUUCGAAAGGUCAAAUAUAACGCAUUUGCGCGCUCAUUUGCUUUUUUUAAUACUAUUUAUUAUUUCGUGGACAUCAGCGGCAAUAUUUGUUUAUCAAGCAGCUGAAAAUUUAACAACCCAACGAAUGUACAGUGUGAUUUUCGCAACAUCUUGCAUAUUGUUGGGACUCUUUUUAAUACUUUUCUACACUUUGUCUAGAAAUGACACAAGAAGUGCGUGGGGCCGAAGGUUUUGCUUUACAAAUGCAAUGUGCAGAAACUAUCAGCAUAAUUAUUAUGAUACAAAUGUGCCUUCAACCAUGCCUGCAAACAAAACUUCUGCAGUUUAUGAUGUAAGCAUGUCAGGAUCGCGGUCCAAUAGUCAAUGUUCGAGGCAUCGUAGUAGCAGCGUUCGGAGCAUGAAGAGUAAUUCACAUAAAAACGAACAAGUUUUACAAAAUAUUGACUGUCCUUUACUCGGCACAGUCUCAUCAAAUGUUAAUCAAACAUCCAUCAUCAACAAUCACCAUUUGACGGCAAAUAGUCUUACUUCUGUUCCCAUAACGUGCGAAAUACCUAGUGCUGAUAUUUUUUACAACCCAAAUCAAAUAAUCGUAGCACGAAAAUUUUUUAAAAAGCAAAAACGUUUAGCCAAGCGUAAUAAUUUUGAACUGCAACGUCAAGUGGAGCGCAUUGACUACUUGGACAAUGUUAGUGACAUCUCAUCUUUAACUGGAAGUGAAAAUGCGCACAUCUACUCCAAACGACACAAUGCCAUUACCCUGUUAAGAGGAGGUAGCAAAGUGAAUAAUACAAAUAUCUACUACAAAUCAAAUACAAAUUCGCAUAUGGGAUCAAAAUCACCGCAUUACACACCUAUGGAACAUUUUCGAGAAGGCAUUCCUAUGUCUAGAUUAAAUUCGGAUUUUUCUGUUCAGAAUCGUUCUACUGCACCCGAUUUUGUUGCAAACAUUUACACUAAUAUACCUGAGACAAUGGAGCCAAAGCACGAAAUCAUUAAGGUUCGGAGUGCAAACCGCUCUUGUAAAUCAAGUUGCGUAGAGACACUUAGUGAACACGAAGAAGAAAUUGAAAGUGAACAAGACUUUUCGAGUGAACAACAAAUUCCAUUAUAUCAAAAUGCAUUAGUUGUAUCAGCAGCAAUUUCGCCAAUUUGUAAUGAACAGUCAAAUUCAUUUCAGCAAUCAGCAUUAUUGCCUAAGGCUUCUAACUUAGUAGAGAUGCAACCGCAAUUAAUGGAGAAUGGGGAUGUUGAGGCUAUGAAUAGUGUGGGUUUACCAAGUCUUGGAAAUGAUGAAAAAGGCAAGCGCACAUCGGAAAAUACACUCGAUCUAAAAAUGGAUGAAAUCUAUAUUUCGCAGGCACUUCAUAUUACAAACCAUGUAGACGUCGAUGAAUACUCUACAGCAGGUUUUUUAAUUCGACACAACCCAAAACAUUCAAAAUCACUCAACAACCUCCAUGAUUCCGCUGAGCCCUCAAAUCGAUUUUUAAAAAAUGAUCUAUCAAAUCAUUCAUCAAUUCUUAAUUUAGAAAACAGUAGAGUUGGUUCCUGGAAUGGCAGUUCGCUUAGUGUACCUUUUACAAUUAGUGACAACCAAAGAGCUCCCAAAUGCCUUAAACUGAAACAAAUAGAGUUUUCCGAAAAAUUUGAAUCUGCUAGUGAAAGCAAUGUCUUUAAAAUGCCACACAAAAACGCCGCACAUUCGAUUAGUCCGACCAACGAAAGUGAUUUAAAUUAUCAGAAUUCUGAAAUAAGCAUACGAAGCCACGGGUUAUAUGAACCACAACCGGACAAUGACCUAAACAUUACCUUAACCGAAGAGUUUCCUUAUCAAUCAUCGAACACCAGCGACAUCGAAGAUCCCUUAAAUGACUUUGAUGAUGAAAUUCCGAAAACGGAAUAUUCAUUGGAACAACGAAUGAGUGAGAAUGAUCCAUCUAUUGAUGAACUUUAUGAAGCUAUAAAGCAUAAUAACACUCCUGUUAUUAAACCAACUUUGGAAUUAAGCAAUAACACAGAAAAACAUUUCCAUGUUCCAUUACCAAUGUCAUCAACAUCAUUUAUGGCAACAGCAUCGGCGACAACAAAUAUGACGCCAUCAUCUCAACCGAAGCCAAAAUUUUCGUCAUCUUUAAGUUUGUUGUCGAAAUCCUUUUUAGAAACUUCCAAUGAUACAGUCGAGGAUGACAGUAGUCAAAGUAGUAUUAUUUCAUAUAUUGACCAAAAAAAUAAGAAGAGCUAGGACUGAAAACACUAUUGUUAAUAAGUAUAAAAUAUUUAUGUACUUCACUUGCCGCUGAUAUUAGAGAGAUUGCUUUCGAUGAGAAGUUAAGCUGCUUACAUUCAUAGUUGUGUAUUUAUGAACUAUAGGAGAUGUUAGACCAAUAUAUACACACAUACUCUUCCUUUACAGCAAUGUAUUCCUACGCAAAUUUUGGUUAUAUUGCAAAGAUUUAACAUUUUGUACAAACAAGUACAACAACAAACUGAAAUAUUGGCAAGCUUUGGCGCCUCAUUUGAUUAGGAAAGUUCUGUGAUUUAAAUUUUUUUAAAGGUAUGGGCGCUUGUCAAAUCUAAUUAACUGAACUUAUUUUACCAUGUAAUUUAAGUUGAAUACACAUUAAAUUAUAAUAUUUAAAAAUAAAUAAUACGUUCCUCGUGAUGUUCUUGAAAUCGGAGAACUGAGAGUGUAGAAGAUAAAAUGAAGAACAAGCACGAUUUUUAGAGGGUUAAGUUUCACAUAAUACUACUUGACUGCAUGUAUACAUAAAUAAAUAUAAAUAGAUAAAAACAAUUUCCACAUGUCUACAUUUACAUGCAAGUAUUUUUACAUAUUUGGGUAUUCAAUUAGGAUUAAGGUCAUGUAUAAGGAGCGUAUUGACAUGUUGCAAAUAACUAAAAAGUUCGUCUCUUUUAACAAGUCAAAAUUAGCAAAUAUCUCAAAGCCUCUCGCACCUUAUUCAUAAUUAUAAAAAUAAAUUUUUCUUAUUAAUUUAUAUAAUGAAUUUUUGUUGCUGAAACCUGUCUCAUAACAUGUGUAAAUACAUGCAUAUAUUAUUAUAAUUCAUUUGGACUUUGAGAUACCUAUUGCAUUAAGAAGGAACUACUUUUAUUUUAUAAAUAGUUUUACAUUCAUAAAAUUAAAAUUAAGUUCGAUGCUUGAAUUAAUAAGUGUAAUUGUUGGAAAGUAAAAUAUUGCAUUAUCUGUAAGUAAGGAUUAGGUAAAUGUGGUUGGUUUUGUGGUACAGAAUAAAGACUUGCUCAGUACUUGAAUGGGAUUGCAAGCAGCCAACGCUCUUUAGGCUAUAUCCACAUUUUGGAUAUACUUAUUUUCAAUUACAUGCAUACAUAUGUACAAAGCUUCUUAGUAGCAUAUAGUGUCAAAAUCUUUUACUCUUUAAUUGACUUUUCUUGUUUGUAAAAUAUUUGUAUAAUAAAUCAGAUAACUUCGGUAUACCCAAACAAAAAAAAUAUUGCUUUGUUUCAUCUGUUUUUAGCAGGGAUCGAAAAUAACUUAU